AGGUUCAAGCGGUACUGAAGGCGCUUUCCUAACUGACGCUUGUCCGUGGAGAAGCGGCUUGGUCCCGGCUUGUCUCGUGGGUCCCGCCGGUUUAGUCGCUUUCAGGGUUCUCGAGCCCCUUCAUGUCUUUCACCAUGGAGGUGUCACCACUGCAGCCUGUAAAUGAAAAUAUGAAAAUCGACAAAAUAAAGAAAAAUGAAGAUGCUAAGAAAAGACUGUCUAUUGAAAGGAUCUAUCAAAAGAAAACGCAAUUGGAACAUAUUUUGCUCCGCCCAGACACCUACAUUGGCUCUGUGGAAUUAGUGACCCAGCAAAUGUGGGUUUAUGAUGAAGAUGUUGGCAUUAACUAUAGGGAAGUCACUUUUGUUCCUGGUUUGUACAAAAUCUUUGAUGAGAUUCUAGUUAAUGCUGCAGACAACAAACAAAGGGACCCCAAAAUGUCUUGUAUUAGAGUCACAAUUGACCCGGAAAACAAUUUAAUUAGUAUAUGGAAUAAUGGAAAAGGUAUUCCUGUUGUUGAACACAAAGUUGAGAAGAUGUAUGUCCCAGCUCUCAUAUUUGGACAGCUCCUAACUUCUAGUAACUAUGAUGAUGAUGAAAAGAAAGUAACAGGUGGUCGAAAUGGCUAUGGAGCCAAAUUGUGUAACAUAUUCAGUACCAAAUUUACUGUGGAAACAGCCAGUAGAGAAUACAAGAAAAUGUUCAAACAGACAUGGAGGGAUAACAUGGGGAGAGCUGGUGAGAUGGAACUCAAGCCCUUUAAUGGAGAAGAUUAUACAUGUAUCACCUUCCAGCCUGAUUUGUCUAAGUUUAAAAUGCAAAGCCUGGACAAAGAUAUUGUUGCACUGAUGGUUAGACGAGCAUAUGAUAUUGCUGGAUCUACCAAAGAUGUCAAAGUCUUUCUUAAUGGAAAUAAGCUGCCAGUAAAAGGAUUUCGUAGUUAUGUGGAUAUGUAUUUGAAAGAUAAGGUAGAUGAAACUGGCAACCCAUUGAAAGUAAUACAUGAACAAGUAAACCACAGGUGGGAAGUGUGUUUAACAAUGAGCGAAAAAGGCUUUCAGCAAAUUAGCUUUGUCAACAGCAUUGCUACUUCCAAGGGUGGCAGACAUGUUGAUUAUGUAGCUGAUCAAAUUGUGGCUAAACUUGUUGAUGUUGUGAAGAAGAAGAACAAGGGUGGUGUUGCAGUAAAAGCACAUCAGGUGAAAAAUCACAUGUGGAUUUUUGUGAAUGCUUUAAUUGAAAACCCAACCUUUGACUCUCAGACAAAAGAAAACAUGACUUUACAAGCCAAGAGCUUUGGAUCAACGUGCCAAUUAAGUGAAAAAUUUAUCAAAGCUGCAAUUGGGUGUGGUAUUGUAGAAAGCAUACUAAACUGGGUGAAGUUUAAGGCCCAAGUCCAGUUAAACAAGAAGUGUUCAGCUGUGAAACAUAACAGAAUCAAGGGAAUUCCCAAACUUGAUGAUGCCAAUGAUGCAGGAGGCCGAAACUCCACUGAGUGUACACUUAUCCUGACUGAAGGAGACUCAGCCAAAACUUUGGCUGUUUCAGGCCUUGGUGUGGUUGGGAGAGACAAAUAUGGGGUUUUCCCUCUUAGAGGAAAAAUACUCAACGUUCGAGAAGCUUCUCAUAAACAGAUCAUGGAAAAUGCUGAAAUAAACAAUAUCAUCAAGAUUGUGGGUCUUCAGUACAAGAAAAACUAUGAAGAUGAAGAUUCAUUGAAAACUCUUCGUUAUGGAAAGAUAAUGAUUAUGACAGAUCAGGACCAAGACGGUUCCCAUAUCAAAGGCUUGCUGAUUAAUUUUAUCCAUCACAACUGGCCCUCUCUUCUGAGACAUCGUUUUCUGGAGGAAUUUAUCACUCCCAUUGUAAAGGUGUCUAAAAACAAGCAAGAAAUGGCAUUCUAUAGCCUUCCUGAAUUUGAGGAAUGGAAGAGUUCCACACCAAAUCAUAAAAAAUGGAAAGUCAAGUAUUACAAAGGUUUGGGCACCAGCACAUCAAAAGAAGCUAAAGAAUACUUUGCAGAUAUGAAAAGACAUCGUAUCCAGUUCAAAUAUUCUGGUCCUGAAGAUGAUGCUGCAAUCAGCCUGGCCUUUAGCAAAAAACAGAUAGAUGAUCGAAAAGAAUGGUUAACUCAUUUCAUGGAGGAUAGAAGACAACGAAAGUUACUUGGUCUUCCUGAGGAUUACUUGUAUGGGCAAACUACCACAUAUCUGACAUAUAAUGACUUCAUAAACAAGGAACUUAUCUUGUUCUCAAAUUCCGAUAAUGAGAGAUCUAUCCCAUCUAUGGUGGAUGGUUUGAAACCAGGUCAGAGAAAGGUUUUGUUUACUUGUUUCAAACGGAAUGACAAGCGAGAGGUGAAGGUUGCCCAGUUAGCUGGGUCAGUGGCUGAAAUGUCUUCUUAUCAUCAUGGUGAGAUGUCACUGAUGAUGACCAUUAUCAAUUUGGCUCAGAAUUUUGUGGGUAGCAAUAAUCUAAACCUCUUGCAGCCUAUUGGUCAGUUUGGUACCAGGCUACAUGGUGGCAAGGAUUCUGCUAGUCCUCGAUACAUCUUCACAAUGCUUAGCUCUUUGGCUCGGUUGUUAUUUCCACCAAAAGAUGAUCACACAUUAAAGUUCUUAUAUGAUGACAACCAACGUGUUGAGCCUGAAUGGUACAUUCCUAUUAUACCCAUGGUCCUGAUAAAUGGAGCCGAAGGAAUAGGUACUGGGUGGUCCUGCAAAAUCCCUAACUUUGAUGUUCGUGAAGUUGUAAAUAACAUCAGGCGUUUGAUGGAUGGAGAAGAACCUCUGCCAAUGCUUCCAAGUUACAAGAACUUCAAGGGUACUAUUGAAGAGCUGGCUCCAAAUCAAUAUGUGAUUAGUGGUGAAGUAGCUAUUCUUGAUUCCACAACCAUUGAAAUCUCAGAGCUUCCCAUCAGAACAUGGACCCAGACAUAUAAGGAGCAGGUUCUAGAACCCAUGUUGAAUGGCACUGAGAAGACACCCCCUCUCAUAACAGACUAUAGGGAAUACCAUACAGACACCACUGUAAAAUUUGUGGUGAAGAUGACUGAAGAAAAACUGGCAGAGACAGAGAAAGCUGGACUACACAAAGUCUUCAGACUCCAAACCAGUCUCACAUGCAACUCUAUGGUACUUUUUGACCAUGUGGGCUGUUUAAAGAAAUAUGACACAGUGUUGGAUAUUCUAAGAGACUUCUUUGAACUCAGGCUUAAAUAUUAUGGAUUAAGAAAAGAAUGGCUCUUAGGAAUGCUUGGUGCUGAAUCUGCUAAACUGAACAAUCAGGCUCGCUUUAUCUUAGAGAAAAUAGAGGGAAAAAUAAUCAUUGAAAAUAAGCCGAAGAAAGAAAUAAUUAAAGUUCUGGUUCAGAGGGGAUAUGAUUCAGAUCCUGUGAAGGCCUGGAAAGAAGCCCAACAAAAGGUUCCAGAUGAAGAAGAAAAUGAAGAGAGUGACAAUGAAAAGGAAACUGAAAAGAGUGACUCUGUAACAGAUUCUGGACCAACCUUCAACUACCUGCUUGAUAUGCCCCUUUGGUAUCUAACCAAGGAAAAGAAAGAUGAACUGUGCAAACUAAGAAAUGAAAAAGAGCAAGAGCUGGACACAUUAAGGAAAAAGACUCCAUCAGAUUUGUGGAAAGAAGACUUGGCUGCUUUUAUUGAAGAACUGGAGGCUGUUGAAGCCAAGGAAAAACAAGAUGAACAAGUUGGACUUCCUGGGAAAGGGGGGAAAGCAAAGGGGAAAAAAACUCAAAUGGCUGAAGUUUUGCCUUCUCCACGUGGAAAAAGAGUCAUUCCCCAAGUAACCAUAGAAAUGAAAGCAGAGGCAGAAAAGAAAAAUAGAAAGAAAAUUAAGAGUGAAAAUACUGAAAGAAGCCCUCAAGAGGAUGGUAUGGAACUAGAAAGCUUAAAACAAAGAUUAGAGAAGAAACAGAAAAGAGAACCAGGUACCAAGAGAAAGAAACAAACUACAUUGCCAUUUAAACCAGUCAAAAAGGGAAGUAAGAGAAAUCCCUGGUCUGAUUCAGAAUCAGAUAUGAGCAGUAAUGACAGUAAUUUUGAUGUCCCUCCACGAGAAACAGAGCCUCGGAGAACAACAACAAAAACCAAAUUCACAAUGGAUUUGGAUUCAGAUGAUGAUUUCUCAGAUUUUGAUGAAAAAACUCAAGAUGAAGAUUUUGUCCCAUCAGAUGCUAGUCCACCUAAAACUAAAAUUCCCCCAAAACAUACUACCAAAGAACUGAAGCCACAGAACAGUGGUAAGUCAGAAAAGGACCUUGACUCUAAUGAUAAAGACAGUGUACCACUUUCUUCAAGCCCUCUUGCUUCUGAUUUCUCAGCUGAAACUGAAAUUAGUCAGUCUUCUACUUCCACCACGGGUGCCAAAAAGGCUGCCCCAAAAGGAACCAGAAAGAAUCCAGCCUUGAAUUCUGGUGUCUCUCAAAAGCCUGAUCCUGCGAAAACCAAAAAUCGACGCAAAAGGAAGCCAUCCACUUCUGAUGAUUCCGACUCUAAUUUUGAGAAAAUUAUUUCUAAAGCAGCCACAAGCAAAAAAUCCAAGGGGGAGAGUGACGACUUCCAUCUAGAUUUUGACUCAGCAGUUGCUCCUCGGGCAAAAUCCAGUCGGGCAAAGAAACCUAUAAAGUACCUCGAAGAGUCAGAUGAAGAUGAUCUGUUUUAAGAUGUGAGGUGAUUAUUUUAAGAAGAGUUACAUGAA